AUGGCGCCAAACCAGGGACUCGUGCACCUCAAGGAGUACGACAUCAAGGACAGCAACGUAGAGCUGAUUGGGAGCGACAUCGACCACCAGGUCAAGUUCAACUCGGCCGCCACGGAGCCGGCGUGGAACGACGGCCGCGUCGGCGUCGAGCCGGGCCUGUUCGUCUGGCGCAUCGAGCAGUUCGAGGUGGUGCCCUGGCCGCAGGACAAGUACGGCCAGUUCUACGACGGCGACAGCUUCAUUGUAUUGCAUUCAUACCGCGUCGGCAGCAAGGACGCGCCGGCGGAACCACAGCGGCUGGGCCACGACAUCUUCUUCUGGCUGGGCCGCCACACGACGCAGGACGAGGCCGGCACGGCCGCCUACAAGACGGUCGAGCUGGACGAGUUCCUCCACGGCCGCGCCACGCAGCACCGCGAGCUGCAGCAGAGCCCGUCGGACGAGUUCGUCGAGCUGUUCCCGCGCCUGCAGAUCCGCGCCGGCGGUGUCCGCUCGGGCUUUCGCCAUGUGGAGCGCGACGAGGACGACAAGGAGGCGGCGGCCACGCUGCUGCGCGUCUUCAAGCUCCCCGGCGGCGGGCCCGGGCGCGACUCGGUCGUCGUGCACGAGGUGGAGCCCAGCGCGGCGAGCCUCGACGACAAGGACGUCUUCAUCCUCGACACAAACGUCAAGAUCUGGGUGUGGCAGGGCCGCGACUGCUCGCCCAUGGAGAAGGCCAAGGCCGCGCAGGUAGUGCACGACAUGACGCUAGCCAAGCACGCCGAGGUCGAGGUGCUGACCCAGACCGAGUCGCGCUCGGGUCUUGUUGUCACCAUGCUCGACGGCGGCGACGAGUUCGGCCCCUCGCACUCGUUCCGCUGCGCGAGGCCGGUCGAGUCGGUCGGGGCGGCCAUGGCGGACCAGCAGCGGCGCCGCCCGCGCCGGCUGUACCGGCUCAGCGACACGUCGGGGAGGCUGCAGUUCACGCUCGUCAAGGACGGCGAGCCCAUCUCGGCCGGCCACCUGGACGGCGACGACGUCUUCCUGCUGGACGACGAGGGCCGCGAGAUCUGGGUCUGGGUCGGCCUGGGCGCCAGCCGGGCCGAGAAGGCGGCGUGGUUCAGGGUCGCGCAGCACUACGUCCGGGAGGUCCUCUGCCAGGACGGCGACAGCGACGAGGCCUUCCUGACCCCGAUCGCCAAGGUAAGGCAGGGCGACGAGGGACCGGCAUUCUCCCGGCUGCUGCAGGUCUAG